GGUCGCUACUGGAGGCUUAAUGUAUCAGUUUUAGGACUUAAAUUUGCCGCAAGUGAGGAGUGGAGCUUGUCCAGGUUUUUAAGCGGAUGAAUUGAGUAAAGCAUGCGUGGAGUGUUGUAUGUGUCAUCAAACUAAGACUUGUGACUGGCGGCUUUUACAUUCUCUGAAUACUGAGAAGCUUUUUGCAUAAUUCCUAGAGCAUUUAAAACUGUUGUUUUCAACACGAGACUCCUAAUCUGCUGUCAAAAAAAUACCUCUGUAUCAGAGUGACUUUCGGUCAUUUCUCCUGGAUAUGACCGUGAACAAGUGCUUGACAUUUUGUCCAUUCUGUCUCCAGCCACUGGCUUCCUGUUGUUUAACGUGAAGGCUAUUCAGCCAAAAACAACCUCAGCAACUUGACAUUUUCACUGCUCCCUGUUUGCUAUUGUUGCUCAGCGCGCAUGUAUUAUUUAUGGCUGUCUGAAGCCUGAGCUUGCAAUAUGAAGCGGUUAAUGAAUACAACAGUUAUUUUAUAAUUAUUUUGAUAUUAACUAUGGAGUAAAGGAUGCAGUCUGUUUGCUGGUUUACUUCUGGUGCGAGGUGUUAGGUGUGGAAGACACAUCUGGCACAUCUUUCAUCACAUCGUUUCUCUAUUGCUGUUUUACUUUAGGUUGGUAAUUUGCUUCGAUUUCUGUUUCUCUUGGUUUGAACGUCCAAGUAGCUCUGGACAAAAGCAGUGAUGUAAUGUGAGGUAGCAGUUCGAUAUUUUCAAUAGUGGUUCCAAACACUGGAUGGUACGUGGUAAAUGUCACCAUUUUGGGUUUUUUUUAUACAAGGUUGUCUUUGUCGUCUAUAUGCAAAAUUCAAAUUAUGAAUGGAUUGCAAUUUCCUAUAAGUGUUCAGGAACAGAAGAUUCAGUUGUUGCAUUGUUGCGCAAGCUCAUCCAACGUUUUUGCUCAGUCUCUUAUUGGGUUGCGCAAGCAUGUUCUGGAAUGCUGCUGUCUCAUUGGGCUCAUAUGAAUUUGGCUGUUAAUGAGGUAAAUGAUAUUUCAAGUGCUAACACAGUUAAGCUAAUUAAGACAAAAGUACAUGUAGGACAAUAAUGUUAAGGAGACACAACAUGGGUGUAAGUGAGCUGCUUUGCAGCGGUCUGUCAUUAUAGUUGUAUCUUUGAUGAAGCCUGGACUAUGAUAACAUGACUUCAAUAUGUGUGAGGUCCUUGAUAUUGCGUCUAACUGUCAGUCGGCAAGCUCUCAUCUUUGAAGUCUCUUCUCAAGAGAAAGUCAGAUACAUUUACUUGAAAUCCCUGGUUCUUCCAUUUCUUCUGACAGUGAGUUCCACAUUCCCUCACAUUUCUUGAAAUACUUGGAAACUUGGUGAAAUGGUUUGUGGUUAUUGUUUGAUUUUACUACACAAGGGUACACAGGGCAUGUUUGUGUUUAAGUAGUAAUGGGGGACAAGCUGGUGCGCAUUACUUUCUUUAGAUGUCUUUUAAGUGUAAAUGCUAAUAUUUUUAGCUUCAUCUGAUUGUUGAACAUCGCAAACCUCCAUGCUGUUGGGGGUUUUCUCUUGUCUUGUUUGAGGGAUGUAAAUCUUUGUCCUUAAACUUUCUCAAUGCUCCAGUUUUCAUGAAUACAUAAGCAGGUUUACAGGAUUAUGAUGGAUUUAUGAUGGCUGUUUACAUCUAUGACCGAUUAGCUGUGAGAGAUUCUGUGUAGAGCAGUUCUGUGUGGGAAACAAGCUCAUGAUUGCCCAUGGUGAAUGGGAAAAGUUUUAAGUCAUUUUUAGUGUUCAUCGACGCUAUAAGAUACAUUCCUCUAUUGUGGCCAGUCAAAAAUGUUCAACGUUAAUAAAGUGCCAUUUAGGUGUCCAAUCCUGUAGGUCCUGCGCCAAUACUAGGCUCACAACCAGCAUGACAAAAAGAAUGUUAGAGACUCGUGAUCAGCAACCUCCCACCCCCCCCCAAACCCUGCCAACACAUGAGUUUGAAAGACCUGCUGCACCUGAAAAACAACCUCAGUCACUUUCUCUUGCCAUGUGUGUCUGCACUUUGUCUUCCUGUGCUUGCACUGAUGGUGAUUUAUCACUGGUGCCCAGGUAUGAGGUUAAACUCGGCUUGCGGAAGUACGAGCACAAUCCCGAGUAUAUGACUACCCUUCCACGUCACCAUUACAAGCAUGAGCUCAAUAGUGCGUCAUGUAGAUAGGUAUGUUCUUCGCUGUUUCAGAUUAAGUUCAUUCCAGAGACAUGCAGGUGAAGCUAAGAAGCAACAAUGUGCCGUGUGUUUUUAUCAAAGGCUGUUGAUUAAUUAGGUCAACCCGAACUGGGAAGUUCGGAAACGGAACUGAACGUUUCACUGAGGUUGCUCAUUAAUGACAGUGGGCUCUCUGUUCUCUGUGAGAGUAUUUAUACAUUUAACCGUUGGUUUCAGCUUGCUCUUGAAGUGUCGUGAUCAUUAUUAUAAUCAGGCUAGAGCCAUCAUCUGCUUUACGACAGGGUGUGUCUCCAUUCAAGGUGCUGUGGGAGGGGCCAGGUGAGCCUGCGCUGAUAGUCGCCCCUCCCUCCUCUGUGCAGUCAGCUUUCAAACCGGCCUCCAUCCAGUACAGUUCUUCUUUGCCGCCACUUCACAGUGGAACUGGAGCGACUGAAGAUUUGCAGAGAACUCUGAGCAACCGCCCGUGCAGGAUUGAGUUAGACCGUACUUCUCUUUGAGCCUUUGAGGAUAUGAGAGACAGAGAGGAGGUCAUGGUGAGCAGGAUGGAGCAGGCCGUCCAGUUUCCACACACAAGGUUGAACCGAUUCAGGUUUCGCCCAAAAAAGGACCCAACGUGGAGUAGGCGCUUGAAGCCCUCAUCUCUCAAGAAAAAAGUCAGAGAUCCCAGCCCCACCGAGAUGAGCGUGGAGCCCUGGGUGAACCCGCUGGAUCAGGCUGCAGCUGAACACCCACAAAGUACACUUUCGCCCCUGGAUCAGGAGCAGCAUCUGGACAAAAUCUGCUUGGAUUCCUUCUGGAGCGAGGUAGAAACCAUAAGGCAAGGGAGUGGCGAGGACCUGGACUGCAGCAGGAGGGAUUCCAGACAGUCUGAAGAAGGAGAACAGGAAGAGCAGUGGUUGGCGGACGCAGGCUUGUCCACCCUCAUCAGCGACGACAGUGAGGAUGUAGAAAACGCGGUGCUGCUGUCUACUCUAACACGAGCUCAGGCUGAAGCUGUCCAACGCCGACUGGAUUCCUACACACUGUCACUCCGCAAGAGGAACAAACCAGCGCCGAGGGACGUCCGCGACAUCUUUCACACUCCCAUCAGCCAGACCCUCCUGUCUGAGCCUCAUCAUAGUGACGACCUCGCACAGAACAGCAUGGCGUCGGUUCCAAAGGCACCGUUGUCAGUUUUGACCCCUGAACACCAGCGAGGCGCUCCGAAAGAAGAGUUCUUUAUCACUGAUGUGGCUUAUUGCGAACAGGCCGUCAUUCUGCUCAAACAGGCCAAGCUGCCUCAGAACAACAGCCAGCGCCGGAAAGAAGACGGGACACUGCCGAGGGUGAUCUGCCCCAAAUGCCGGUUAGGCGUGACCCGAAUUCAAGACCUGUCCCACCCUGACCUGAAGAAGGUGCGUCAGCUGGCUCUGAUCGACCUGACGGCGCUGUGUGACCUGCUGGAACUGGAAGUCAAAAGGCAUAAGACUGGCAAGAGAAAAAUUCCAGAGAGCUCAUUGUUCGGAGUGCCGCUGGCGACACUGAUGGAGAGCGACCAGAAAGUGAAGCCGAACACAUCAACUCCACUUUUUCUGCAGGCGCUGCUGGCAUUUUUGGAGAAGAAAGGAAUCGAUUCGGAGGGGAUCCUGCGGGUUCCAGGCUCUCAGUCCAGAAUCAAGCUGCUGCAGCAGAACCUGGAGACCAACUUUUACUCAGGUCAGGUGAGCUGGGAGGAAGUGAGUCCGAACGAUGCUGCGGCUCUUCUCAAGAAGUUCAUCCGCGAGCUCCCCGCUCCUUUACUCACCGCCGAGUACCUUAACACUUUCAGCGCCGUGAGAGACAUCACAGAUCUGAAGCAGAAGCUCCACAUGCUGAACCUGCUCAUCUUGCUGCUGCCGGAGCCCAACAGAAACACGCUGAAGGCUCUCCUCGAGUUCCUCAGCAAGGUUGUUUCCCGGGAGAAGAGGAACAGGAUGAACCUGUGGGCGGUGGCCACCAUCAUGGCGCCGAAUCUCUUCCUCCAUAAAGCUGUUCCCAGCAAACUGACAGAAGGGGCCGAGAAAGGUCAGGCAGAGAAGGCCGCCGACGUCAUGAGGCUCCUCAUUCGCUACCAAGACCUGCUGUGGACGAUCCCUAACUUUGUCAUGAGUCAAGUUCGGAGGCUGAAUGAGAACAGCAGCCGUCGUUAUCAGUUUUACGACCGACGGAUCAAGAACCUGCUGAGGAAGAUCCACACCGACAGUCGGGAUAAACCGGACAAGAACUCCUCCGAGCUUUGUCGUACUGUGAAGAUCCAGGUGGGGGACCAGGUGACCAGCACCAUGGAGUUCCAGCUCAACAUCAACUCCCGGGCCUCGGACCUGCUGGCGCAGUUCCACCGCCACUAUCUUCACAGCCCUGAGAAAGGCAAGGGCAAAAUACGAAGGAACGGCUCUGUGUCGUUCUCGGACUGCGCCCUCUACGAAGUCGGUGGGAACAUCGGGGAACACUGUCUGGAUCCCGACACACACCUUCUGGAUCUGUACAACAGCAACUCGGGAGGAGAGUGGGUCAUCAAGCUGAAGCCCAGCGCCGGCAGAGGGAUGUGACACGGAGGGAGUGGAAGGACGGACAGAUGGACAGAUCUGAGAACAGGCUGCUGAAGAAAGAAAAAAAGAUCAAGUCCAUGCGGCGCUCUCCUCGCUGCCCGUCUCAUCCUCAGAGCAACAAGAAGAAGGAGACAGAUGGAGGAAGCCGAAACAGACGAGGAAUCUGCCAGGAGCAGAGUCUCCAAACUCUCUUUGAUCAGAUGAACGCACACCAUGCCCUCCAUCUUUUCUCCUCCUGUCUUCAACAUCAUCCCGUGGUUCCGUCGUGCAGCGCCGGCAGCCAGAGCCGCUGCGUGACUCAUUACUUCCGUCGGAGAGUUUGCUCCAUUAGCGGCGGCCAUCUUUUCUCAGGAGCCGUCACCUCUAACCGAGAGCGAGCAGAUGGGUGUGCAGAGACACCUCUGGCCAUAGAGAGGCCCCGCCCCUUCUUCUGAGCCCCUCACCAUAAUUCAGCCGGGCGCUGUGCGUCCUUCUGUGCCUGAUGGAAGAAAGUGUAUCAGUUUCAACAACGUCAUCAGAGAUGAUUUAGAAAUGUAAACCAGCAUAUUUGUUAGUUAAAAUAAUAACUGUUCAGGAAAGACCCUACAUGUCUUGAUCCAGUCAUCAGCGGAAUAUUUGGUUCAGAACCUUGCGGAAAAUUGAUUUCUUCUUUUGUAAAUUGUACCAGCAGGGGGCGAUAAAUCAAUCUUUGUGAGCAGAAACUCCUCUUUUUGGACUUAACCUCUGGCAUGCAGGCUGCAACUGAAAGUAUUACCUUCUGGGGUGCCACUGCCCUGAUCCAUCUGUGAACCUAAACUGCCUGCGACCCCGCUGACCCCUCUGGGGCUCAGGACCUGGACACAAUGAAGCUGGCCUUCAUUUUGAACUCAGCAUCCCAGACUUCUGUCUGGUUGUUAUUUAUAUGACUUGUAUUUGAGCAGUAUUGUGUAGCUAUUGUGUUGUGUUUAGGAGGAAUCAGUGUUUGUGUUUCCAUUUUUGUCUGAAGAGAAUUCACAGUGUUUCUGAUGUGUAGUGUUGGGAAUCAAACUACUGAUUCGGUUGCGUCAAACAAGCAGGAUUUUUUUUUUUUUGCAUUCGCAGCCAUGUUGGUGUCGCGCCGCCAUUUUGUGGGUCUCGCGCUCAAAGUAAUGACAGCGAGCGGCGCCAUCUAUCAACGCCCCGCGCUCCGUCUCCUCCCAGUAAUGGACCAUAAUGGCAGCCCAAAUCACUUUUCUUUUGAUAAAGGAGAAAGGUAAUAAAUGGCUGUUAUAAAUUCUGGACCUGAUGGUGAGAGUGCGUGCGUGUGUGUGUGUGUGCGUGCAUGUGUGUGAUGAGCUUCAUUACACAAGUCCAAUCGGCCCGUCCCGGAGUCCCAGCCACAGUUGAGUGGCUCGGCACAAAGACGAGCUGAUGGAACUGCCUUCUGCUGACAGUCAGGAGAACUAGGUCACCUCUGCUGCGGCGUCCCAGAGGGCGAGCGGCGAGGGGCCAAACACCCGGGGACACAAACACACACAUGGACACAGACACAUGAAUGUGAGGACUCAAGAAUGUACAUUUGUAGUUGAAUAUUCCGAUGCUGUAGGAAGCUUUUCAAUUCCACCUUUGUCAA